AUGGUCGGUGGCGGUGGCCACGCCGGUGUGUACGGGUCGUCCUCUUCGUCCUCUUCGUCGGCAGCGGGCGGAGGAGGAGGAGUAGGAGGAGCGGGUGGAGUAGCAGCGGAGCAGGGAGGCAGCACGCAGGUGUCACUCGCGUCGGCAUCGCCGCCGGCCUCGUCCGGCGGCUCGGGCGCACCGGCAACCGAGCAGCAGCAGCAGCAGCAAUCGCAGGCGGCGCCACCGCCCGCAGCAUCACCUGCGCCCGCGAGUUCGUCGUCUGCUGGUGCCAGCUCGUCGUCGUCGUCAGCACUGGCCGCGCAAAUACCCACCAGCAGUGAUCGGCUAGACUUCGGGGCUUAG